AUGGACCAUAACAAAACAAAAAAUGCGUCUGAGGGCAUAGCGCCCAUGGGUAUAACAACAUUGAACGAAACUGUGCUGAGUAAUCAGCCAGAGUCAAGAUAUGAAUGCCCAGUGUGCCUUAACUGGCUGCGAGACCCCGUCAUCACUACUUGUGGACAUAAGUUUUGUAAGAGCUGCAUUACUUCAUGGUUACAAAAUAGUGGCCAUUGCCCCAUAGACAAUAUAAACCUUAGUAUGAAGGUUGACAUAUUUCCUGAUAAUUAUACAAAGAGGGAGAUUCAAGAACAAAGGAUGUCUUGUCCGUUUGCUUCAAAGGGGUGUACAGUAAAAGUGACUCCGCUAGACCUAGACACACACAUUUCCACCUGUGAAUUCAACCAGCCUGAGGCAUCAACACAGCACAACGUUAAAACACCUUGCUCAUUCAAAGCUGUUGGUUGCAGUGAAAUGUUUGAUAAUCAGGAAGAUGCCAAUACACACUUACACAAUGAUGUCUUGAGCCAUAUGAGUCUACUAAUGAAUGCUUACUCAAAAAUAAAAAUUGACAAUGACAUGUCCAAUACUAGCAUGGAUGCGAAAGCACAGGAGGCUCUAUUGUGGGAUCCGCCUGAAAAGGGAAGUGAGGGGACAUCAUCCACACCAAUUAAUGAUACAAGUGCGCUUAUUAGAGCCCUCUAUGAAAGGGUGGUAGUUUUGGAACAAAGAAACCGCGAACAAGACAUAGUAAUUGCUAAUAUUUCCAAGCAAUUGUCAGCUUUUGCUGUGGCAAAGAUGAAGCAGAACAAUGACAUGCUACUGCGGUACUGCAUGGGACAUUAUAUAUGGAAGGUUGAUAACUUUAAAGCGAGAUUGGAUGCUAUGAUAAAGGACCACAACAAAAUGUUGUAUAGCCCUGGGUUUUACACUUCUCCAAAUGGCUAUAGAUUCUGCGUCCGCCUCAACAUAUCUCCUCUAAAUCCGCUCUGCUUCGCCCUCCACGUGCACCUCAUGAAGACUGAAAACGACGAUUACCUAGACUGGCCAUUCAACGGUCGCAUAUCCUUUGCAAUGAUCAAUCAGUAUGAUCAUGAAUACACCCAACGAGACACAAUGAUGUCCAACUCAACAUUAAUAGCCUUCAGGAAACCGACCACUGAGAUAUGUGUCCGAGGCUUUGGGUAUACGGAGUAUGCUGUUGUCAGUGAUGUAGUGAGAAACGGAUUUGUGAAGGACGAUGUGCUGAUUAUCAAAGUGCAUAUAAAGUGUGUGUGACAUGAGGAGUGAUUUUUUUAUUUGUUCUAUUUAUUUAUCUAUGUGAUGGGGUUUUAUAUUUUUUAUGGUUAUAAAUGCAAUUGUUAGCAAGUAGAAAUGUGUAUCUCUGAUCUGUCUGAUCACAUAGUUAUUUUUAAUAGUGCCUUGAAUUCUUAAUUGAAGUGAUGAUACAAAUAUGGUGCAAACAAAAAAGGCAUUUAUAUACGAGUAUGUUUAUAAAAGUCAAUAUUCAGUUCUGAGGACUUCAGUUGUAUGUGUCAUAUUAUUUUGUGUACUUAAUAUUGAAAUUAGUACUAAUAGAUACAAUAUUAGGAGGUAUUGUAAUCCGUCCAUGGUGCAAAUCAAUUGAAAAAGUUGUGUAACAAAUAUAUUUACUAUAUUUAUGAACAAUGGAAAACAUUCCUUUAUUUUAUAUCAUAAAAUAUGUGAGAUUGUGUCAUUUUAUAAAAUCGAGUGACUUUAUAGUACGUAAUUUAAAUUUUGUUGUUGAUUGUUUUUAAUAUAACAGUUAUAAACACAUUUAUAUAUUACAGUCUAUAGAUGUUAAGAAAAUCAAUUUUUUAUUAGAGAAUAAUGAUAACCGUCCGUAAGUGUCUAACAUGAUCAGUAUUUAAAUAAUCUCACAGUAUUUAAGGUUUAUAUAGAUUAUUGUUCGUUUUUUAAAUGAGUAAGACAGCUGUAUAUUAUUUAACGAACCUAUUAUGAAUCUGUUAUUUGUUGUUUAUAUAUUAAUAAACCA